AUGGGCAGGAUCAUCCUCUAUGAGGACAGGAACUGUCAGGGUCGUUUCUAUGAGACGAGCAGUGACUGUCCAGAGCUGUCCACCCAUCUUAGCCGUUGCCAGUCCUGCAGGGUGGAGAGCGGCUGCUUCAUCGUCUACGACCGUCCCAAUUUCAUCGGAAACCAGUGUCUCCUGAGAAGAGGCGAGAACAUUGACAACAUGAGCAUUAUCGGAAUGAGAGACUGCAUUAGGUCUUGCCGUCAGAUCCCACUGCAUCGUGGUCAGUUUAGAAUCAAGAUCUUUGAGAGAGAGAACCUGGGAGGUCAGAUGAACGAGCUGACCGACGACAUCGAGGACAUCGAGGAGCAGCUCCUCAUGUCCGACUGCCAGUCCUGCCAAGUGUUGGAGGGUCACUGGCUGCUGUUCGAGCAGCCCCAGUUCAGAGGCCGGAUGGUCUACGUGAAGCCCGGCGAGUACAGAAGCGUGCGGGAAAUGGGAGCAACCUCAAGUAUGAGUUUGAUGAGCCUGAAGAGAAUCACUGAGUCUUGCACCUAA